AUGGCCUCGAAAGAACUUGAACCACGAUCCCCAUCACCAUCAUGCGCAAAGAUUUUGAUGCUACACGGAGAAGGCCAAUCCGGUCAAUUCUUUCGGUGCAAGACCGAGUUUCUACAACCUAGUGUCAGAAGCAUGUUGCUCAAUUCUACAUGCAAAGAUACGAGCCAAAGUCCAUUCAAUGAGGUCCGGUUCUAUUAUCCAUCAGGUUUGCUACCCGAUAACCCUGAUACUUCUCCUGAUGAAAAGGCCCUUAAGAGGACAUGGGGAUACGGUGAUGUUGAAUUAGAACGCAUCCGAGGUCUUGAGACCACUAUUGAUUACAUUCUACGCUUUCUUGAUUCCCACGGUCCGUUCAUUGGUAUUAUGGGCUUCUCUUCGGGAGCUAUUAUCGCCGCUACGGUAGCGUCUCUGCUGGAGAAACGAAGAUCUAUCGGUAGUUUGCGUUUCAAUGCAAGUCAUCCAUCCUUGGACUUCGUCGUCUCAUUUUGUGGGUGUCCUUUGGAGCAUUCUCUCUACAAGCCAUUAUAUAAUCCAAAGAUUGAGACACCAACUCUGCACGUCAUUGGCACUAUAGAUACAACGAUUGAUGAGUGUCAGUCUUUACGAUUACUGGAUUAUUGCACAGACUCCGCUUUGCAUUAUUUCUUUGGUACGCAUCAUGUCCCCCGAUCGGUGGAUUUCUUGGACGCCUUGACUAGAUUCUUUGAGCAUGUCUACAAAGAUAAAGAAGGAGAGGGUGAUGAAUGGGAAGAUUUGGACGACUGA